CAAAUAACUAUAUACUCUAUGCGCAGGGAAAGUGGCCUUGUUAAAAGUACACGCGUGGCCAUGGUGAGUACGGUCCAGCUUGAGUAAGAAUAUUAUUUGUAUUUAGUAGUAUGUCUUCUUAGUUCCCUUCCCUAUGAACUAAGCACAGUGUGGCAAUUAAGAUUAGCGGGUUCAGGUUGUUGUAGGUUGCGGUCUACUGAUUGUACCUAGCUCAAUUCUUAACCAAGUCAAAGGAAAAGAAGCAAUAUGCGCUCCUUUACCUUACCCUACCGACAGUUUCGAUACUCAUCUGACAAUAGUCUAAGUAUGUUCGAUGAUGUGAAGACCAUUUUAAGCGAUCAAUACGCAAGCGAUAAAAAAACUUGUCGUCAGAGCGUUUCCAAAAUAUCAUCGUAUGACCUCAUAGACACCAAUCGGUUGCCAGGCGAAGAAUGUCCGUCCAGGUUAGAUACACACAGGAUUACAGUGAGGUUUUCACCGUCUGUACGUGUUCUGCACUAUGAUCAUACGCUUCCUACAAUAACCUGCUCUCAUGUUCAGAAUUGCUGGGGGUAUGAUACUUGCGGAUCUGGGUCAGACGACACCAGCUGUAGUGUGAGUAGGCAUAGUAGCUGUGCCGGCUCUGCCUCGGAAGAUGAAUUUGCCGAGUGCAACUGUACUACGAAUGAUCGAUGUCUAACCAAAAGCACGUUUGAAGCCGUGCUAAAGACGAGUCAACUCAAGACUAAUGAUAUACAUAGAAGCAUAACUUCAACAGAAAUAUUAAGGCAGAAUCGACGCAAUUUGUGCGAGGGAGUGGUCUUCCCCACGCAUAUUGCCACAUGUAGUGAAAAUGUGCCACCCGAAGACAGUUCUGAUUCGGAUAGUGACAGUUUUCCCAAGGUGCAAGAUAUCACAGAUGGGACUGAGUUCGUACUUAAACGAAGUCGAAGUCCAAUGUAUAGUACUGGCAGCAGCGAGAGCUUUUACAACAAUGCAGAGACAUUGAAGCCUGUGCAGGUGAUGCACUGCAGAUACGUGCGCAAUAGACGCGCAGUUGUGGUGAAUGCGCGUAUUAAUACACAGAACUGUCACGGAGUGGACAUGAGUAAGCCGGCCAGCUCACGCUCGGUUAUAGUACGGUAUACUCUGGACAACUGGAACACGUACGAGGAUACGCUACCCGGAGUGGUGAUCAUCAACUCACAGGUACAUACAACAUAUAAAAUAGUGAUUCCGAUCAAUGAAAGAGCUUCUUGCAUAGGUGCAAGCGUCAAGUUCGCCAUGUGUUUGCAGGCGAGUCCCACACUUGCGUUCUGGGAUAACAACAACGGGGGAAACUUUGAGGUCACGGUACCUGCCCCGCAGACGUCCAACGAUCCAUAGAGGGGGAGUCAGUGCGUGUAACCAUGGUGACCUGUUUGAGCAUUUGAUAUGCUCGCAGAUAGCUUUGGCACGGUAAUCAUUCGUUAUCAUAAGCCCACUAUCGCGCUUCAUAGAACUGAGCCCAACUAUCUCCAAUUGUCAUCGAGCCUUGGGCCUUCUAAUAGGCCUUCUAGGAGAAACUGCGACAAGAGUUAGAGACCAUGUCCAGCUGAUCUUGCGCGAAAUGGUAUCGUGAGUUGCGGGGGCACUAUUUACCUACAUUCCGGCGAACACUGCCGGAGUAGUAGCACAGGUUUUCCAGAUGCUCCAACGCAUGCAAGCAAAACAACCGGCUCAACUACAGAUGUUGACAAGCAAUCAACAAAAUAUUAAGCUCAACUACAGAGUUGACGAUCAAAUAAUUACCAAACCCAUUACAUGUUUUCAAUACCGACUCACGUCUGCGUUUAUUUUUUUAAGCGGCUGGUGUGUGUCUGGGUGGUCAAAGGGCCACAGAUACUUGUUCACGCCUGGAAGUGGACUACAUUCCGUACCGAAGUCUCUAGAGCGAAGCACGCCUGACUUACAGGGUACUCACCCAGCUUCCGACACGGACGACUAGAGCAAGCAAUCUGUAAUAAAUUAUACAUCGCCGCAAGGGGUUCAUACCAAAAUAUUUGUUGACACUUUUAAUUGAUUGUAAUCACAGUCACACUUGAGGUUGCUAGGUUAGUUUGUCGUCAUUGAGUAGCGAGAAUUCACCGCUAGUAAAAGUCGUUCCUGGCGUGUAACUGCGUUGCCGAUUUGAU